GCCGCGUUUCUGAGGGAUUUCCGCGGCCGCCCCCCCUGCUUAGCAGUGGAUAUACUGACGCGGUUCUCUACUCCCUGCCCUUUUCCGCUCUUGUCGUCGCGAGACAGUCGCACGCGGAUCGUCCUGCUCACCUAAAUAAAGCGAUAAAAUUUCACACACAAUGACCGCCGUGCAGUACCUGUCCCAGGAGAAGAUCUGGUUCGAGAAGACCCAGUAUGACGAGGCCGAGCGGCGUUUCUAUGAGGGGGUCAACGGCCCGGCACUUCAGGCACAGGAUACUGGAGCUAACACCAUCCUACAGGACAUUGCCCGGGCGCGUGAGAAUAUCCAGAAAUCCCUCGCCGGACUGAAGACUACACUGCAUUCUGGGAAAGGCUCAUCCUGCCCCCCUAAGCAUCGCCAAGCACAGCCUAGCACAGCACCUGGUACCGGGGACCAUGGAGAACUCGUCACACGCAUGAAGGACUUGGAACUGGAGAACCAGAGUCUGCACAAAGUGGUGAAGGACUUGCGCUCAGCUCUUUCCAAGCUGGAGGCCAGGGUGGCUGUCCUGGAGAAGGUUCCUGCUUCUGCAGCUACAGUGGCUCCUUGUGCUAAGGCUGCCCCUGUCCAGCAGCCCAAAGAACGGGCCCCAGUGGAAGAGGACGACGACGACCUCGACCUGUUUGGCAGUGACGAGGAGGAAGACGCGGAGGCAGAGCGCAUCCGUGAGCAGCGAGUCAAGGAGUACACUGAGCGGAAGGCCAAGAAGCCCGCCAUCAUCGCCAAAUCCUCCAUCUUGCUGGACGUUAAGCCCUGGGACGACGAGACCGACAUGGCCAAGCUGGAGGAGUGCGUGCGCUCGGUGCAGGCCGACGGCCUCGUGUGGGGGACCUCCAAGCUGGUGCCAGUGGGCUACGGCAUCAAGAAGCUGCAGAUCCAGUGUGUGGUGGAGGACGACAAGGUCGGCACCGACAUGCUGGAGGAGGAGAUCACCAAAUUCGAGGACUACGUCCAGAGCGUGGAUGUUGCUGCUUUCAACAAGAUCUAACCCAAUCCCCCCCCUGUCCCCACCUGCCCCCACCCACCCGACCAUCACUGUAUCUACUGCUGUGAGUCACGGUUACCAAUAAAUCAGCCUCAAAUCAGCGGCAAA